AUGAAAAUAUAUACCAAAACCGGGGACAAAGGCACUUCCAGCUUGUAUAAUGGAGAGCGUAGAGCCAAGGAUGACGAGAUCUUUGAAGCAUUAGGUACAACGGAUGAACUGACAUCAAAUAUCGGACUCGCUAUGGAGUUUUUGGAAGACAAUGAUUGGGGAAAUGAAUUGGUGGAAAAGCUAAUCAAGAUUCAAUGCCUGUUACAGGAUGUAGGCUCUAACCUUGCGACACCUCGUGAGCAAUCCAAUGAAGCUCGAUUAGCCCGCACUCGAUUUGAUGCGGAUGGGCAGCAUGUCAAGGCCCUGGAGGACUGGAUUGAUGAGUACGAUCAGCAGCUGCCCAAACUGACAAAGUUCAUCUUGCCCAGUGGAGGUAAAUCAAGCGCUAGUUUGCAUGUGGCUCGUUCAGUAUGUCGCCGUGCAGAGAGAACAGUUCAGCCUCUGGUUCGAGACCAGCUCUGUGAUGAUUCAGUUGGUAUCUUUUUAAACAGAUUGAGUGAUUUCUUAUUUAAUGCUGCAAGAUGGGCAGCACAAUCGCAGGGAAAAGAGGAAAAGAUUUAUAACAAACCUUGA